AUGACCUUUCGAGGCAGCCAUCUCUAUGUCAAUGGACCUGAGAUCCAAGGCGUUUUUGGCGUAACCAGUCUACCGCUGACUACCGUCGCCCAAAUCAUCUCAUAUCUCGAUGGCGAUGUCGCAUCACUCGCCCGACUAUGUCGCACUUCGCGUUCAUUGUACUACAUGACCGUUCCUCACCUCUGGCGCUCCGUGACCCUGACGUCCUAUACCUCUAUCCGCUACAAAGAUGAUGUCCCCGAAGGAUUUGGCAGCGCAAGCCCGUUUAGCAUGGGCCUCAAUGCCCUCGUGACACGCAACGUCUCGAAUUUGGUCAGGUCGCUACGACUCAUGGGCGACUUUGGAGGUUCCGAUCAACAGGAGAACUCCAAAGCGGGCAGAAUUUCGGAAUAUGGCAUGAUUUUGAACAUCGCAGUCAGUGCUGCCCUCGAAAAGUGUACCCAGGUGGAGGAUUUCAGAUGGAAUCUGGACGCCCGUAUACAACCAAAUGUGUACUCUAGCCUGGCACGCCUUUCCAACCUACAAUCCCUAUGGUUGGAGUUUCCGCGAACCCGGACGCCGCACCCGAUCUCGGAUCUACCACCUCUGAAGAACCUACGAUCAUUUACCAUGACAAAUUAUGACCCUCUUUGUCAUCCCGAUGAUAUUUCGACCUUGUUGCUUCACGGCGACAAGUUGAGCAAUGUCCAAAUGCAUUUCUCCCCCAGGAUGAGAGAUCAAGGGGAACCGUCGGUCAUCUUUCCUCACUUCUUUCGGAGGCUUGUCAUGGCCAAGAAACAGUUGAAGAUAGCUCGAUUAGGUGUGUAUAAUCUGCUUGCGUCCAUGGACGCUGCAGUAUGUAUGAGUGUGCUCGACACUACUUACUGCGAAGAUUUCACCGCCAUCAACUCCUUCGGGUUCGAUGAAGAUGCCUUUACCGCGCCUAGCAAUGCCACUUAUUUUAUUGAUAGAACCUGGUUGGUUCCGUUUGAGCAGAUAGACAAACCCAAGCCUAAGACCUUAAGGGUAGAUCAACUCCACAAACGACACGCUCUCGAGCUCCAACGCGCCGCAGGAUUGGAACAUUUGUACCUAGUCAAUGCUAGGCACAAACCAGAGGGUGUCAAUGGCUAUUCUCAAUCCCAUUCGACCCCGAAUUCAGCAGGUGCUUCUCCUUACGCACUGUCAGCCAGUGGCAGUGGCAGUGGUAGUGGCAGCAGAUCAUCGUCGCGGAGCACUCCCACUCCGAACAAUAGCCUUCGUGAUCUCUACAUGGACAACAUCUGCAAUGUCUGUGGUCCGAGUCUGAAACAUUUGAUUCUUCCAUCGCGAUGGCCACUACAUCAGACGAGUCUGGCAAGGCUUAUCCGAUCAGCCCCCAAUCUCACCCAGCUCAGUGCAGCUCUGAUGUGCAGUAAUAUGCAAGUUACGCGGAUGCUCAUGCCAUUCCUUGGCAAACUGUACGCCAUUCGGCUACUCAGCCCGACGCAAGAAGGUGCAGAGGGUGAUAAACUACGCUGUGAGUUUGAGAGGUUUGUCAGUGGGGAUGACGAGCAUCACAUACAAAAGUUUUCGGAGGAGCUCGGCGGCACGACGGCCAGUGGAGGCAAGAGUGAAUUUCCCCGCUUGCGAUAUGUGGGAUUAGGUCCCAAAGUAUGGCUAAUAGGUGGCAUCAUCGACGAGACUGUCGUGGUUCCCAGUGGUGAUGAGGAGACAAAAGGAGCUGGAGAAAUCAGGUAUAGGAGGCGUGUCACACGGAUUUCAGAGUCUGAAGUCAUGGAUGUGGAGAUCUGGAAAAUGGACUCUCUCGAUGUAAUCUAA